UGGACAACACAAAAUAGAGUUGCAUGCUCGGCAUUAGAUUAUACUGCCUACACACAAGUGCUAAGUGCUAACUAGCACAAUAAUGCAUCCAAGCAAGAGUUCUCCAGCAAGUAAGAAGGCUGACGCCGAGGAGGACAUCACCGUCGACCUAUAUCCAUUUAUACGUGAAUACAACGGCGGCCAUGUCGAACGCUUACUUCGCAGUCCAUUCGUGGCAGCGUCCGAGGACGCGGCUGCCAACCGUGGAGUUGCGACAAGGGACGCCGUCAUCGACGAGAAGACGGGCGUGUCCGCACGCCUGUUCCUUCCCUCCCUUGCCGCAGCCGCCGGCGAGCUGCUCCCCGUCAUCAUGUACGUCCACGGCGGAUCUUUCUGCACGGAGAGUGCGUUCUGCCGCACGUACCACAACUACGCCAGGUCCCUGGCCGCGCGCGCCGGGGCCCUCGUCGUGUCCGUGGAGUACCGUCUAGCGCCGGAGCAUACCGUGCCCAUGGCCUAUGAUGACGCCUGGGCGGCACUUCAGUGGGUGGCGUCCCUCUCUGACCCCUGGCUCUCCUACCACGCUGAUCCCGGGCGCAUGUUUCUCGCCGGCGAUAGCGCUGGCGGCAACAUCGUCUACAACACGGCGGUGCGUGCGGCCACCGGUGGUGGCACUGGCAACCACAUCGACGUUGAGGGUCUUGUCAUCGUGCAACCAUACUUUUGGGGAGACGAUCGGCUGUCCAGCUCCGAGGAAGUCUGGGACGGCGUCGCCAUGUUUGCUACUGAGGUCAUCGACAGGCUCUGGCCGUUCGUUACGGCAGGUCGGCUCGGCAAUGACGAUUGCCGGGUCAACCCUGCCGACGAGGAGAUCGCCUCCCUGACAUGCCGGCGUGUGCUGGUCGCCGUUGCCGAGAAGGACACCUUGCGUGACCGCGGGCGCCGGCUGGCGUCCCGCAUAUAUGACUGCUGCUCAUGGGCCGAUGAUGAAAAUGUGGUGACAUUGGUGGAGUCGGAGGGCGAAGACCAUGGCUUCCACCUGUACAACCCACUGCGUGGGACCAGCAAGACUCUCAUGGACACCAUAGUGCAGUUCAUAAACCAACGCACGGCCUUGCCACUGCCGGCCGCUUUGCUGCCAGAGCUUCACGAGCUGCAUUCACGCCCCCGAGGUAAGAAGAAGACAUCAUUUGCUGUCCAGCCUGUUGAAUGCGUGCCUACUAGGCCGUAUAUGGGGGUGUUUGGGUGUGGGAUGGCCAUGAAAAUCUUGUUGAGUGGCCCUAAUGAUAUGACACGUAGUAGUUGCUUAAGCAUUGGACAGGGAAGAAGGGCCUCCAAGACUAGAUAUGGGUUAUUUUUGGGCCAUCUUAGCAAGUCUAACAAGACCAACAGGAUCUCAUUAUCAGCAACAGCUCCGGAGAGUUGUGUUUUCCACAACUUCAUCUAGUGGAUGAAAGUUGAUCUACAUGCUUCCAGAAUUCCAUGCUCCAAUAUAACUAUAAUAAUAUAAUAAGCAAGGUACGCAAAAAGUUACAGAGGGACAUUAUUUACCAACUGCUUGUUUGGGUCGAAAGAAUUGUAUGCUGUGUAUGUAUUGAUGUAUUUAUAUUUCUUUUUCCUUAUAUAAACUAUGUAUGUAAGAUCGGUGUAUGACUUAUGUACUAGUAUUUGUGUAUCAUCAUACGUAUAUGAAAUUUAUACAAAUUGUGUC